AUGCCGCUCCCUGCGCCGCCCUCGAACCUCCCGGCGAAGCCCGGUAGCGCGCCAGUCCAAGAGCCAGUGAAGACAAACGCGUGCCAAGUCUGCGGCACCGAGGCGAAAUACACCUGUCCGCGAUGCGAGAAGCGGACAUGCUCCGUCGCAUGCUCGAAGGCGCACAAGGCGGCGGACAACUGCUCGGGUGUGCGGAAUCCGGCAGCCUAUGUGCCCCUCAACAAGAUCACGCAGGGGACGUGGGACGGCGACUACACCUGGCUGGAGCAGGGGAGGCGGCAGGUUGCGGAGUGGGGAGAGGGCAUUACUGCUGAGGAGGCGGAGCGUGCGGCAAAGGGAGAAACGCCGAGGAGAGGGAGGGGCGGAGCGAGGGGUGGACGGGGGAUCAAGCGAAGUAGGCUCGACGGACUGCGAUGGGCCGCGAACGAGAUUGGAGCGGAAGUCGAUCUCGUCCCUGAUGGGAUGCAGAGGAGGAAGACGAACCAGUCGAGCUGGAAUGCCAAUCUCCUUCCCCCCGACGUGCUCGCGAAGCAGCCAAUUCUGGCGCUGCCAUACUACUACCCCCGCUCCCGCGACGUGCCCGACCCAACACCCCCAAGCCGGGCCACAAAGUACUUCACCCCUCUGGACGGAAACCUUCCCGUCGACCAGGCGCUAAACGGCACCGCGUUCGUCGAGUUCCCCACGGUACGCGUGUUUGACCGUACAGAGUGGCUCGGAAAGCUGGGCAACGGCGAAGUCGCCGUCAUCCCCCGAUUCGAGACCAAGGUGGCCGCUGAGGAGAAGAAGAGCGUGCCCGCAAAGAGGGAACGUCCCGAGGAGCUGGGCUUGGGACUGGGAGGUUAUGGAUCCAGCGAUGAGGACGACGCCGAGGAGGGAGAAGAGGCAGACGGAGGGCCAGAGGAGGCAGAGACGAAGGACAUCACAUUGUCGCCCCGCAUGGCGCAGGCAUUGGGGCAGGCGCUCGAGGCUGACUUUGGUCCGAUCGGGAACUAG